CAUACUUGGCAGAUCAGAAACACAAGAGUGUAUCUACUACAACGCUAAUUGGGAAAAAGAUAAAACAAAUCGCAGUGGUAUUGAACCUUGUUAUGGUGAUAAAGAUAAAAGACGACACUGUUUUGCUACAUGGAAGAAUAUUUCUGGAUCAAUUGAAAUUGUGAAGCAAGGUUGCUGGCUAGAUGACAUCAACUGUUAUGACAGGAAUGAUUGCAUAGAGAAGAAAGACAGCCCUGAAGUGUUUUUCUGUUGCUGUGAAGGCAACAUGUGUAACGAACGCUUUUUCUAUUUUCCAGAAAUGGAGGUCACGCAGCCAACCUCCAAUCCUGUUACACCUAAGCCACCUCUGUUCAAUACCUUGCUUUAUUCGUUGGUGCCUAUCAUGGCAAUUGCAGUGAUUGUGCUCUUCUCAUUUUGGAUGUACAGACAUCACAAGCUAGCGUAUCCUCCGGUACUCGUUCCAACCCAGCACGCCUUUCAUAUAAUGAUUGAGGAUCCUGGACCACCUCCACCUUCACCGCUGAUGGGUUUGAAGCCAUUGCAGUUACUCGAGAUCAAAGCCAGGGGAAGAUUUGGUUGUGUAUGGAAAGCUCAACUGCUGAAUGAGUAUGUUGCAGUCAAAAUAUUCCCUAUUCAGGACAAACAGUCAUGGCAGAAUGAAUAUGAAAUUUACAGUUUACCUGGGAUGAAGCAUGACAAUAUUUUGCAGUUCAUUGGUGCAGAGAAACGAGGCACUAGCAUUGAUGUCGAUCUCUGGUUAAUUACAGCGUUUCACGAAAAGGGUUCAUUAACAGACUUUCUCAAGGCUAAUGUGGUCUCCUGGAAUGAGCUAUGUCACAUCGCUCAAACUAUGGCUAGAGGCUUGGCUUAUCUCCACGAGGAUAUACCAGGGCUAAAAGAUGGACAUAAACCCGCCAUCUCACAUAGGGACAUCAAAAGCAAGAACGUGCUGCUGAAAAAUAAUCUUACAGCUUGUAUUGCUGAUUUUGGUCUAGCUUUAAAGUUUGAGGCUGGAAAGUCUGCAGGGGAUACACAUGGACAGGUUGGCACACGAAGGUAUAUGGCCCCUGAGGUACUAGAAGGUGCUAUAAACUUCCAAAGGGAUGCGUUUUUGAGAAUAGAUAUGUAUGCCAUGGGAUUGGUCCUCUGGGAACUGGCAUCGCGCUGUACUGCUGCAGAUGGCCCAGUAGAUGAGUACAUGUUGCCAUUUGAAGAAGAAAUUGGCCAGCAUCCCUCCCUUGAAGACAUGCAGGAGGUUGUGGUUCAUAAAAAGAAGAGACCUGUUUUAAGAGAGUGCUGGCAAAAACACGCUGGAAUGGCGAUGCUUUGUGAAACAAUCGAGGAAUGCUGGGAUCACGACGCCGAGGCCAGGCUGUCGGCGGGCUGCGUGGAAGAACGCAUUAUCCAGAUGCAAAAACUGACUAACAUUAUCACAACAGAGGACAUCGUGACUGUGGUCACAAUGGUGACAAACGUGGACUUUCCUCCCAAAGAAUCCAGUCUAUGAUGGUUGCACUGGUGGCGUAACCGACCGCCGGGACUUUCACUGGAGCUGCUAAAGCUGACGGGACUGCGCGCGUCGUCGCUGCUCUCCGCGUGGCGAGAACGGUGAGUCUCGCCGGAACAUCGUCGCGAGGUGGUUUUCCUUUGUCUUGCCCCUGCCUCCCUCCCAACGUGGAUCCGUGAGACUUUUUGCAUUCCCUGCUGACGCCCGAAGGACGCGCGGCUGAGGAAGGAGCGCGCGCCGUUGAGGAGCGCAAACGAAGAAUACGGACCCGUGCUGGCCAAUCGAGCGUUUUAAAAACUGACAUCCGAUUUCCUAAUACCUGUCGGAAGAGACUAAUUCCUUAAAUGAACUACUGUUAUUUUUUUUAAAUCAAAC